AAGGGUAUGUAUGGACUUAUCUAACUCUGGGGGUUACGGUGAAUAAGACAAAAUCCCAAUAAGUCGGCGUGUUCCUUUAACAUAGCGGCUGAACAGUGGAAAUACAACUUCUGUGUCUAUCAUGUGAUGCCAAGAUAUUUUGUUAAAGCACCAGUUGUCAACCCUAGAAUAUUGCCGCAAUAUCGAUAUCGAGGUAUUUGGUCAAGAAUAUCGUGAUAUCUGAUUUUUCUCCAUAUCGCCCAGCCCUACGUCAUCCCCAUUGAAGUUAACAGGGCGCUAAACAGGAAGUAGCCGGCUCGGUCGACCCAGAGCUCUCUAGUGCACCGUGGCCACAUUCAGCCCCGACAGAACGUAGCAACACGUUUUUUUAUAUUGAAACGUGGGCAUGUUGAACACCCUGUUGUGUGCGCAAGCGCUCUGCCAUUUUAUUACCACGAGUAAACAGACCCGUCCCUGCUGAUUGGGUAUGACCUGUGACUCACCCCCCAAACGAGAGAAAACACAUCUCGAAGACGUUGCACACAGUUCCAAGGAAACAUUCGUUCAACCAGGAAACCGUAGCAAAGCGCGCACACCGUUUUGAGACUGAACAUACCCCUGCUCUUUGGGCUGCAUAGUUGCAGGCCGGAUAAUGUCCCCCCAUCACAUCUCAGACCUUUUUAAUAUCUUUGUGUCUUUACAGGCGAUUCAUCUGCACUCUGUACGUUCACACCAGGUUUGCAUUCUGAGCUGCAGGCCAAUGGACCAUCACCAUCCUAAUGUCCAAUGGAGGAGGCUUUUACGGACGCACUGAGCGUGUCCGUCAGUCGCCGUACUAUGACCAGGUACCGCCGGGCUCCUUACCGCGAGCCGACUCCAGCGACCUGCUGCCGCUGAGGGAGCAGAGAGCGCCUCACCUCGCCCAGAGUGCCGACCCGCUCCCUCCUCCGCCUCUGCCAGACCAGCCUCCCGUGGGGCCCGAGUUGUAUCCCAGCGGCAGCGAGGACACCACAGACCCGGACCACGACCCCGCCCUGGACAUCAAGCCGGUCCACCGCUUCAUCCCGGACUCCUGGAAGAACUUAUUCAGAGGAAGUAGCCGCAGCAGUAAAAAGGCGUGGUCUAUGCCUGGCUCCUCAUCUAACAACAACAACAACAGCGCCACCAGCGAAGGAGUUCGCUGCUCUCCUCCACAUUCCCCCUCCGUUCCUGGAUCGUACCGGGACCCGUAUGGCGGCUCAGGCAGCAGCCACAACUCGCGCAAGGAGCUUCUGGACGCACAUGAGUCCGUGUCGGGGCAAACCUACCGCACAGCUCUGACCUACAGCGAGCGGGUGGAGGAGUAUCAUAUGCGCUACGACUACAUGAAGUCCUGGGCCGGACUGCUGAGGAUUCUGGGAUGUGUGGAGCUCCUGCUGGGAGCAGCUGUGUUCGCCUGCGUCUGCGCUUACAUCCACAAAGACAACGAGUGGUUCAACAUGUUUGGCUACUCGUCUCCCGGAGGAGGGUACGGCGCAGGAGGGUACGGCGGAGCGGGGUACGGAGGUGUGACAGGGGGGUCCUACUACUCAGGCCCCAAGACCCCGUUUGUGUUGGUGGUGGCGGGGCUGGCCUGGUUGGUGACUGUGAUAAUGUUAGUGCUGGGGAUGACCAUGUACUACCGCACCAUCCUGCUGGACUCCUCCUGGUGGCCUCUGACUGAGUUCACCAUAAACCUGGCGCUGGCAGUGCUGUACAUGGGAGCAGGCAUCGCCUAUGUCCGAGACACAACCCGCGGAGGGCUCUGCUCCUACCCGGUCUUUAACAAUGGCAUCAAUGGGGCGUUCUGCAGAACAGAGGCAGGCCAGACUGCUGCCAUUAUCUUCCUGUUUGUCACUCUGCUUUUGUAUCUGAUCGGAGCCUUGGUGAGUCUCAAGCUGUGGAGACAUGAAGCCGCUCGCAGAUACCGGGAGAAGCACGGCCUUGAGAUGCGUCCCUCCGACCUGCGAGCGACACAAUCAUUGAUUCCAGUUUCGGCUUCUGCAGCCAGAGCUCCUGAACAUAUCCAAGACUCCUCGGUCAUUCCCAUCCAGGCUGCUCCAAAAGCAGUUCCACCACACAUUUUGCAGGGAGCUAUACCAUCAGGACACAUUCCAAAACCUGUUAUUGUGCCUGACUACAUCAGCAAGUACCCAACGAUCCGGUCAGACGAGGAGCGGGACCAGUACCGAGCCGUCUUCAACGACCAGUACUCAGAGUACAAAGAAAUCCACUCGGAGGUGCAGGCUACCCUCAAGAAGUUCGAUGAGAUGGACGCCAUAAUGCGCAGUCUGCCCCAGAACCCCACCAGCCAGAUGGAGGUUGAUCGCAUUAACAAAAUCCUUCAGGACUACCAGAGGAAGAAAAAUGACCCGACUUUCCUCGAGAAGAAGGAGCGCUGCGAGUACCUGAAGAGCAAACUGUCGCACAUCAAAAAGAAGAUCCAAGAAUACGACAAAGUGAUGGAGUGGAACGAUGGAUUCGGCUAA